AUGAUUCCCUCUAAAAUUAUUAAGAGAUAAGAACCACUUAUUUCAACUACAAUCUAAGACGCAUCACAAGUGAAAAAGGUACAAAGUAAUCUAAUGUUGGUAUCUAAAGCUAGUAGUUUACCCAAAUAGUUUUAGAAGAAUGAGAAAUUGAAAACCUCAGGAAAUAAAAUUGAAUCUAUUAAGCAUUCAAAAAAUAACUCUAUGAAUCAUUUAUCAACAACAGAGAACACUAAAAUUAUUGACUCUAUUCAAAAUAUUUCUUCCAUUUAUGUUACAAGUAAAUCGGAAGAAAUCCAACUCAAAAAUGAGAUCUAAUUAAAAACAUAAAUCAUUGCGGAUUUAAAUAAAAAUAUCUCUUAAUUAUAAUUUCAAAAUGCCAACUAGUAGAUCUUAAUCUCCUAACUAGAAAAAGACGUUUAAUAAUUAAAUUAAACCAUUGAAAAAAUGUGUGAAUAAUUAUCAAACUCAAAUAGUGAUUAUAACAAUGAACUACAUGAACUUAAAAAUUAAAAUGUAAAAAAUGAUAAACUAAUAAUGUUUUAUAAAUCAGAAAAUCAAUAAUUAUUAAGUAUCAUUAAAUAGGGAUCAUAUACUAAAACUAAAGUUGAUAAAGAAAAUCAACCUAAUGCCCCUCAAACAAAUCAAUAGGAUUAAAUAAAUUGUCUAAAAGAUUAAAUAGAUCUCUAAAAAAAAUAGUUUUAAUAGACAGAAAAUUCUUUACAGAAGUAAAUAUCAGAACUAAAUCAAUUUGUAAAUGAAUUAUUUUAUUAAUAAUCAACUGAAAGAGUAAAAACGAAUAUAAGCAAUAGAGUUGAUAAGGAUAUUAGAAAUAGAAAGCUCUCAUUAUAAAAUGAAGUGAUGGAUUCCUUAUAGAAUUUUGAUCAAUAAUAGAGAUUAGAUCAUUAAUUUGAUAAUAUUUAAUGCAAUUCUAAUUAAUUGAAUGAAAAGUAGUUAAAAACAGCGUAUUCUGAUAAUCUCAAUACUAAGGAAAUCACAAAAUUAAAGCAGGUUGUUCAAAUACAAAAGAAACAAAUUGAGUCUUAAUAAAAGACAAUUCUUAAUCAACACUUCGAAAUUUAAAAUUUAUAAACUUUGCUUUAUAAAAUCGACUAAGAUAGUGUUCCUAAACAAAGUAAAAAAAAAGAAGUUCAAGAAGAAAUUAUUACAAAUGAAUUCACAAAUUCUCCAAAAGAUGAUAUAUAUCAUUUAAAUGACAGCUAAAGUGAGAUUAAACCAAAAUAUUACAUGGAUAGUAUUUAGAAUACAUUCCAAAAAUUUUAAGUUAUAACAGAGGAAAGCACUUUCAGAAGUUGA